GGCCCAUGAUGCAAUGCGAAUCUUGUCUGACGGUCAUCAUAAUCAGCUAUGCUAGCUAGUAGCUAGCCUAAGUAAGGUAUUUGAGGAAACCAUCAACUAACGCGUAUCCCAAUGUUGGCUUGCUGAGAUAGCUACUAUAGUAGCUUCAAACUAAAGGAUAUCUCAAAACGGGCUUUAGCUGACUACUUGGCCGGGUGGUUGAUACUGUCAAGAUGUCGUUUCCUCCUCACCUGAAUCGACCCCUACUACCACCUGGAAUUCCUCCCCCCCAAUUUGGUUACCCUUCCGGAGCCCCUAUGAUCCCAUUGCACAUGGGCAUCAUGACUCCUGCACCCGCUGUCCUGGUGCCAACCUCAGUGUCAGUGGUCAGUAAGCCACCUGUGCCCAGGAAGGAGGCCCCCCCAUUGCGAGCCAAGGAGAGUGUGGAGAGCAACGGCCCCACCACCACCGUCUUUGUGGGGAACAUAUCAGAGAAGGCCUCGGAUAUGCUGAUUAGACAACUCCUGGCGAAAUGUGGCCUCGUUCUUAGCUGGAAGAGAGUCCAAGGAGCCUCUGGAAAACUUCAAGCAUUUGGGUUUUGCGAGUACAAGGAGCCAGAAUCCACUCUGCGAGCGUUGCGGUUGCUUCACGAGCUACAGAUCGGGGAGAAGAAGCUGCUGGUGAAGGUGGACGCCAAGACCAAGGCUCAGCUGGACGAUUGGAAGGCCAAGAAGAAGAGCACUAAUGGGGAAAAGGUUGAAGAUGGAGGCAAUGAGGAAGAGGAGGAGCUGGAUGAAGAUAUUAAGAAGCGGGACCAGAUUGUCAAGGGUGCCAUUGAUGGGCUGAUUUGCGAGUUUGCCAGUGAGCUCAAUGCUGCAUCACUGGACGAUGACUCUCAUCGGCGCAAGAAAAAGAAAGAGAAAAAAGGAGAGGAGGAUAUCAAUGCAAUUGACAUGGAGGAAGACAAGAGAGACCUGAUUUCCAGAGAGAUCAGUAAAUUCCGUGACACACACAAGAAACUCGAGGAGGAGAAGGACAAGAAGGAGAAGGAGCGGCAGGAGUUUGAGCGGGAGAGGAGGGAGCGGGAGAAGGAGAGGGAGCGGGAGCGGGAGCGCAGGGACCGGGAGCGAGAGAAGGAGCGCGAGAAAGAGCGCGACGUGGACCGCGACCGGGAAAGAGAGCGAAGGCCGAAGGAGAGGCCUCCCCGGGAGAGAGAGUGGGAAAGGGAGAGGAGCCCUGAGAGGAGCGCAGACCGCAGCAGGUCCAGAGAGAAGAGCCGAGACAAGAGCCGAGACAAGGAGAAGAAGAGGGAGCGGGAGGAGGAUGAGGAGGAGGUGUAUGAACGCAGGAGAUUGGAGAGAAGGCUCAGAGACAAGGAGGCAGCCUACCAAGAGCGCCUGAAGAACUGGGAGAUCAGAGAGAGGAAGAAGGCCAGGGACUACUCCAAGGACUCUGAAAGAGAAGAAGAACGCAGGCGAGAGAUGGCUAAAGAAGGCAAACGGCUGAAAGAGUUCCUGGAGGACUACGAUGAUGACAGGGACGACCUCAAAUAUUACAGGGGAAGCGCGCUGCAGAAGCGCCUGCGAGACCGAGAAAAGGAGAUUGAGAUGGACGAGCGGGACAGAAAGAGAGAGAAGGAAGAGCUGGAGGAGAUCAGGCAGAGGCUGCUGGCCGAGGGACACCCUGACCCCGACGCCGAGCUACGCAGGGUGUGUAUGGAGGAGGAGGCGGAGCGUUUGAGCAGAGCCCUGGUGAAGCCAGAGCCCGAGGUGGAAAGAGAGAGACCGAAGCUCCCCAGGGAGGACCGCGAGAGGAGAGGAGACCGCGACCGCAAGAGAGACCGCGGUGAGGCACACGCUCGCCAAGCCCCCUCCGAAAAUGAUGCGGAGGAGGAGAGCUUGGACGGGGCCAGUCGUCCGGAAGCCAAGCCCCGCCUCAAGCCGACGCUGCGCCCGAUCACGGCGGCCCCCUCCGUCUCGUCAGCCAGUGAGAACGUGACGCCAAACUCCCCCGGGGACGAGUCGCCAUGCGGCAUCAUCAUCCCCCACGAGAACUCGCCCUCAGAAGCCCCCCCCCUGGAGGAGAUCCGCCCCAAGAUCGGCCUCAGCCUCAAACUAGGCUCCACGGCCAGCCCCAGCCAGCCCCACGCUGCCAAGAGGAAGAGGCUGGCGGCCGACAGCGUCUUCAACAAGUUUGGCGAGGAGGAGGCUGACGAGCAGCCGCGCCGGAGGAAGCUGGUGCCCCUGAACUACGACGACGACGACAAGAGCCUGGGCGUGGACGGAGCCGGCCUGGCCAACAUCAAGGGCGUCGACACAGAGGAGAAACGCAGGCACAUCAAGAGCCUGAUCGAGAAGAUCCCCACCGGCAAGCCUGAGCUGUUCUCCUACACCCUGGACUGGUCCAUGGUGGACACGAACCUAAUGGAGCGACGUAUCCGGCCGUGGAUCAAUAAGAAGAUCAUAGAGUACAUCGGAGAGGAGGAGGCAACCUUAGUAGACUUUGUCUGUUCCAAGGUGAUGGCUCACGGCACACCACAGGGUAUCUUGGACGAUGUUGCUAUGGUGCUUGAUGAAGAAGCUGAGGUCUUCAUUGUGAAGAUGUGGAGGUUGUUGAUCUAUGAGACCGAAGCAAAGAAAAUUGGAUUGGCGAAAUGAACCUAAAGCACUGAACCAAGAUCCAUUUUCUUUUAGUGCUUGUAAAUGUCUCAUGUCAUGCAGCCCUUAUUGGCUGUUCUGUGUUCGACCUCACCAGUCCUCCUCUCUCCUGCAAGACUAGGCAUCUGAGCCGCUGUCAUCCUACUCUUCAGAUACAUCAUGUCAUACUGUUAAAGAUAAUGGCCUUUUAGCAGUGUGUUAUUGUGUUUGUACUUCAUGCUCGUGUCCGUUUCCCUGAUGAGGCCCUUAUGCCAGACCCCCCAUGGGAAUCACCCCCCAUGGGAAUCACCCCCCAUGGGAAUCACCCCCCAUGGGAAUCACCCCCCAUGGGAAUCACCCCCCAUGGGAAUCACCCCCCAUGGGAAUCACCCCCCAUGGGAAUCACCCCCCAUGGGAAUCACCACUUUGAACUGGCAUUCUUUUGGCUGGGUUGAGGGACAGUGCAGUUCGCACAUAUGGAAAGUAAUGGUUGAAUAGAUCUUUGCCUACAAAUACGUUCUACCGGUUGCAAUCUCCAGCAUUUUUUUAAAGAACCAAAUGUAAAGUAGAUGCUAUUUUGUAUGUUAUCCGCAUGUAAAGAGAUGCAGGACCUGAACUGCUUAAAUUUACUUGCGUAGUGUAGGAUUGUUACUGUUUCACAAACUGCUUUGGCUAUUCUAUCAAUUAUGUUUGUGAAGGAGCAUGACAUGCUGUUUUGACUUUUUAUUUGUUGUGCUAUUCGGCUUUGUUGGACCCCAGCUAGAACUCUGCAAAACAAUUCUGCAGCACUGACACAUUUCUGACUAAUUUGGAUCUUUUCCAAUUUCUUGUAUUGUCACAUUUCUUUGGUGCCUCCUGAACAUGACCCCAGAUGUAGAGAUAAGCACAACUAAUACAUACCAAUUCUGACAAAAUGAAUGGAUAUAGAUUGUGCUUAAUGUCAGCAUUUGUUUUGUACUGGUGGAAAUGUGUUUUGAAAUAAAGCAAUUUUUUAGUACUUGU